ACCGGAGAAGCACACCGCAGAGAGAGAGAGAGAGAGAGAGAGAGAGAGCAGAGAUGUUGCCGCUCUCGCACGCGCCCGUCGCCGCUCUCACCGUUCUGCUCGCGCUUCAGCAGUCGGAAGGAUUCUGGCUCUUUAACGUCAUCUUUCCGCCGAACGCCGCAGCUCGCGAGGGGAGCAACAGCACGCCGCCUCUGGUCAUCGUGCCAGGGAAUAUCGGCAACCGCCUCGAAGCUAAAAUAGACAAACCUACGCUAGUGCACUGGCUCUGCUACAAGAAGACGGAGGACUGGUUUCCUCUGUGGAUCGACCUCAACAUGUUCAUGCCCAUCGGCAUCGACUGCUGGAUUGACAAUAUAAGGAUAGUGUACAAUCGAACAACUCGCAGGACGUCCAACUCUCCUGGUGUGGAAAUCCGAGUCCCUGGAUUCGGUCAGACGUAUACUAUAGAGUUCUUGGAUAACAACAAUCUGGCAGGUGACUGUUAUUUUUACACCAUGGUUGAACAUUUGGUCAGCAUUGGAUAUGUGCGCAACAAGACUGUUCGAGCCGCAACGUAUGACUGGAGGAUUGCCCCGAAUGAGCAGGAGGAGUAUUUCGCACGCCUGAAGAGCCUUGUGGAGGAGAUGCACGAUGAGUACAAGCAACCCGUCCACCUCCUGGGCCACAGCAUGGGUGGCCUGUACAUCCUCUACUUCCUCAACCAGCAAAGCCAGGAUUGGAAAGAUCGCUACGUCAAGAGCUUCAUCUCACUGGGAACACCGUGGGGUGGAGCUGUGAAGCCCCUCAGAGUUUUAGCAUCAGGCGACAACGAUGGCAUCCCGCUGGUUUCUUCCAUCAAGAUCCGUGAGGAGCAGCGCAUGACCACAACAAACUCAUGGAUGAUCCCAUCCGAGGAGGCAUGGCCUGAGGAUCAUGUCUUUAUCUCCACGCCAUCCUUCAACUACACCCACCAGGACUACCGCCGCUUCUUCAGUGACAUCAACUUUGAGGACGGUUGGUACAUGUGGGAGGACACGAAGAACCUCACGGCGGGCCUCCCCACCCCCGGAGUCGAGGUCCACUGUUUCUAUGGGGUUGGACUUCUCACACCUGUCACCUACAUCUAUGACGAGCAGUUCCCGAACAGUGAUCCCGUGGACUUUCUGUACGAGGAUGGGGAUGACACAGUGGACAGCCGCAGCAUGAGCAGGUGCAAGCGCUGGAUAGGCGAACAGGAGCAACCAGUGUAUGUGACCGAAUUCAGCGGCAUGGCUCACCUCGACAUCGUCUUCAACCUAGACGUCCUCGAUGCCAUUCAGGAGAUCCUGGAGGGGAGGGUUCAGAAGGACAAGACUAUCCGUACUAUUUUGGUCAAACAAUCUCAGCAACGUAAACUUAUCAACCAGAGCCCUUAAAUGAAGCUCAGUUUGUAGCUUGAAAAUGCAUAGUGGUUAACUUUAAAGCUGCCUAAGAGAGUUGAUGUUCAUUAGGAUGUACGUCUGAGGCAAAGGAGGUCCUUUACUAUGUGUACUUUUGUGUAUAUAUUCACAAACAUAAUCAGGAGAUAUGAAAUGCCUUUUCAGUUUGUAUAAAAUAUACAGAUUCAAAAGAUCACAUGUAUAAUUUGAAUGAUGAUAUAUUUAAAUUAUAUAAAUUAUGAUAUGUGUAAAUUCCAAAUAAUGAUAUAUUAAAGGUAGACUGCCUUUCAGAUUUUUCAAGGGUAGGUCAUAAAAAGAAUUUUCCCCGACACCUAAUUAUUUUUGUUUAGUGGACCGAA